AUGGUCUCUUUGUUUUUCUUUCUGUGCUUUUCAACUUUUGUGGCUGGUGCAACUGAUUCUAUGCCUAAAGUACCUGAAUUGGAAAAAGCUGACAAUAAGAACAAUUCAAAUGCGGGAGUCACUUUUAGGACACCAGAAACUGCAUUUUCAUCUGCUGCAUCAACAUCAACACCUACUGCAAGUAUUGGCGUCAACACCAGUGCCAAUAAUUCUUUCUUGAAUAAUGGGUCUCUGUCUUCAAGCCCAUCUUUCCCUUCAACCAUUCCACCUCUUCUUUUUAAUAAUGCAGCAGCGGCAGCAGCACUACAACCACCAGUGCCUUUGCCACCUCCAUUACCAGCAGCACCACAUCAGAAGCUGCUAAGGAUUGGCAAUUUCAGCGGCAAUCUUUUUGUUGGCACAUCUGCUACAAAUGCAAGUACAGGAAGUAGCAUUUUUAGAUUUAGUGCUGCAGCCACGUCUUCCGCUGCUAAUAGUCAGUCUCAGGGUUCUACCCUUUUCAGUGCUGGUAGUGGAUCUGCGCUUAGUGCACAGGCAUCCCCUGCUGGGACUGGGGUUGCAGCUUUUACCAACAGCAUUCCCAUUCAAUUCAGUUCAUCUGCGCCAUCCCCAUCAUUUGGAUUGGCUGGCAAUACAGCUCUCUCUUUUGGGAGUUCAUCAUUUGCUGUGUCAACUCCUGCUGCUAAGCCUUUUAAUUCAGCAGCUGCUUUUGGACUUGGCACUUCUCCUACAAAUGCAAGUACAGGAAGUAGCAUUUUUGGAUUUAAUGCUGCAGCCACGUCUUCCGCUGCUAAUAGUCAGUCUCAGGGUUCUACCCUUUUCAGUGCUGGUAGUGGAUCUGCACUUAGUGCACAAGCAUCCCCUGCUGGGACUGGGGUUGCAGCUUUUACCAACAGCAUUCCCAUUCAAUUCAGUUCAUCUGCGCCAUCCCCAUCAUUUGGAUUGGCUGGCAAUACAGCUCUCUCUUCUGGGAGUUCAUCAUUUGCUGUGUCAACUCCUGCUGCUAAGCCUUUUAAUUCAGCAACUGCUUUUGGACUUGGCACUUCUGCUACAAAUGCAAGUACAGGAAGUAGCAUUUUUGGAUUUAGUGUUGCAGCCACGUCUUCCGCUGCUAAUAGUCAGUCUCAGGGUUCUACCCUUUUCAGCGCUGGUAGUGGAUCUGUGCUUAGUGCACAGGCAUUCCCUGCUGGGGCUGGGGUUGCAGCUUUUACCAACAGCAUUCCCAUUCAAUUCAGUUCAUCUGCGCCAUCCCCAUCAUUUGGAUCGGCUGGCAAUACAGCUCUCUCUUCUGGGAGUUCAUCAUUUGCUGUGUCAACUCCUGCUGCUAAGCCUUUUAAUUCAGCAGCUGCUUUUGUACUUGGCACUUCUGCUUCUUCAACAGAUGCCAACUCUAAUAAUGCCAUAGGUAGUACUACUUCAAGCUUGUUUGGUUCUUGGCAGCCUUCAAAUUCUCCAAUAUUUGGUUCAAGUUUGACAUUCAACUCUUCAUCUUCAUCAAUUGGGUCGUCCGUUGCAGCAUCUACUGCUUUUGUUGCUGCUACAACAUCACCCUCAACUGGGUUUUCCUUCCCAAUAUCAUCUACAACUUCUGUUCCUACCACUACAUCGCCUUCAUCAGGGUUUUCUUUUGCAGCAUCUACAUCUUCUGUUGCUGCUUCUACAACAUCCUCAACUGGAUUUCCCUUUGCAGCAUCUGGUGCAUCUCCCUCAGCUGGGUUUCCAUUUGCAGCAUCUACAGCUUCUACUGCUGCUCCUAGCAGCGCACCUGUUGCAUUUGGAUCAUCCAUUGUUGCAUCAUCUGGUCCCACUUUCUCAUUUACUUUAGCCAUGGCUACUCCCACAUCACAGCCCGUAUUUGGUAACCCUAACCCCUUCACAAUUAAUCCAUCUUCCUCGGGAAAUAAUGAUCAAAUGAAUAUGGAAGACAGCAUGGAAGUGGAUACCAUUCAAGCUUCCAUGCCCACAGUUCCAGUAUUUGGCCAAGCUCCUGUCACACCACAGAACCAAUCUCCAUUUCAGGCUUCAAAUAGUUUAGGAGGGAGCAGCUUCUCACUGGGUGCUGGUCGCGGUGAUAUGGUUAAUCGAAAAAUUGUCAGAGUUAGUCGCAAUCCUCAAUUUGGAGCCCCACAGAAUUCAGCCACCCCACAGAACCAAUCUCCAUUUCAGGCUUCAAAUAGUUUAGGAGGGAGCAGCUUCUCACUGGGUGCUGGUGGCGGUGAUAAGGCUAAUCGAAAAAUUGUCAGAGUUAGUCGCAAUCCUCAAUUUGGAGCCCCACAGAAUUCAGCCACCCCACAGAACCAAUCUCCAUUUCAGGCUUCAAAUAGUUUAGGAGGGAGCAGCUUCUCACUGGGUGCUGGUGGCGGUGAUAAGGCUAAUCGAAAAAUUGUCAGAGUUAGUCGCAAUCCUCAAUUUGGAGCCCCACAGAAUUCAGCCACCCCACAGAACCAAUCUCCAUUUCAGGCUUCAAAUAGUUUAGGAGGGAGCAGCUUCUCACUGGGUGCUGGUGGCGGUGAUAAGGCUAAUCGAAAAAUUGUCAGAGUUAGUCGCAAUCCUCAAUUUGGAGCCCCACAGAAUUCAGCCACCCCACAGAACCAAUCUCCAUUUCAGGCUUCAAAUAGUUUAGGAGGGAGCAGCUUCUCACUGGGUGCUGGUGGCGGUGAUAAGGCUAAUCGAAAAAUUGUCAGAGUUAGUCGCAACAAGACGCGGAGAAAGUAA